GCCCCGAGCGAGUUUCCCUCCCCGGUGACGCGCUUCCGCGGGCGGGGCGGGCGCUGCGGCGGAGAGUCGGGCGGGGAGGCGCCGUUGCUGCCGGCGCCAUGGGCAAUUGCCACACGGUGGGGCCUAACGAGGCGCUGGUGGUGUCAGGUGGCUGCUGUGGCUCUGAUCUAAAGCAGUAUGUGUUCGGAGGCUGGGCCUGGGCUUGGUGGUGCAUUUCUGACACACAAAGGAUUUCCCUAGAGAUAAUGACGUUACAGCCCAGGUGCGAGGACGUAGAGACGGCGGAGGGGGUAGCUUUAACUGUCACAGGUGUGGCACAGGUGAAAAUAAUGACCGAGAGCGAGCUGCUGGCUGUGGCUUGUGAGCAGUUCUUGGGGAAGAACGUCCAAGACAUUAAGAAUGUGGUCCUUCAAACACUGGAGGGGCAUCUGCGAUCCAUCCUAGGCACCCUGACAGUUGAGCAGAUCUAUCAGGACAGGGAUCAGUUUGCCAAGCUGGUGCGGGAGGUGGCAGCUCCAGAUGUGGGCCGCAUGGGCAUCGAGAUCCUGAGCUUUACCAUCAAGGAUGUGUACGAUAAGGUGGAAUAUCUAAGCUCUCUGGGUAAGACUCAGACAGCCGUUGUUCAGAGAGAUGCCGACAUUGGCGUGGCAGAGGCUGAGCGAGAUGCCGGCAUUCGGGAGGCAGAGUGCAAGAGAGAAAUGCUGGAUGUCAAGUUCAUGUCAGACACUAAAACGGCCGAUUCCAAACGGGCCUUUGAGAUGCAGAAGGCCGCCUUCAGCCAGGAGAUUAACAUUAAGACUGCCGAAGCCCAGCUGGCCUACGAGCUGCAGGGUGCCCGGGAGCAGCAGAAGAUCCGCCAGGAGGAGAUUGAGAUCGAGGUGGUACAGCGCAGGAAGCAGAUUGACGUUGAGGAGAAAGAGAUCAUCCGGAUGGACAAGGAGCUGACAGCCACCAUCAAGCGGCCGGCAGAGGCUGAAGCACACCGCAUGCAGCAGAUCGCCGAGGGCGAGAAGGUGAAGCAGGUUCUCAUUGCACGGGCCGAAGCGGAGAAGAUCCGCAAGAUUGGUGAGGCAGAGGCGUCUGUCAUCGAAGCCAUCGGGAAAGCAGACGCAGAGAAAAUGAAGCUGAAGGCAGAGGCUUACCAGCAGUACGGUGAUGCGGCCAAGAUGGCUUUGGUGCUGGAUGCUCUGCCCCAGAUCGCUGCCAAGGUGGCCGCUCCGCUGGCUAAAGUGGACGAGAUUGUUAUCCUCAGCGGCGAUAAUAACAAGGUGACGUCCGAUCUGAACCGUCUGCUGGCUGAGAUCCCCGCAUCUGUGCAUGCCCUCACUGGCGUCGAUCUGUCCAAGAUCCCCCUGAUCCAGAAAGCCACGGGAGCCCAGGCAUGAGGCCGCCAGUCCAAAGCUAGUGACGACAACUCCCCGUUCUGCAUUCUUACUUCAACUGCCUUUAACACUUGGGAAAUCCUUUUAUAUCAGAGACAAUUGGAAGUUCAUUUUUAAGCUCUGGUGCCUUAUUUUGUAGGACCAGAAUGAUGCAUGUUAAAUUGGUCUCUUUUUCUUAAGGGGAAUUUAUUUUGUAAGUUUAAUUGUGCGUUGUAUUAGUCUGGAGUAUCAAUUUGAAUCCUCGGUUAUAAUUGGGAGCUUGUCUGGUCUUGCAAUCUUGGUGCCUUGAAGUUCUCUGUCCUCUGUUUGGAGCUCAGGGGCAGAGAGGCUGAGAGGGGUGAGCUGGAAGCCCGGGGGCUCAGGGAGGAUUCACUGGGGCAGUGAGGAGCAUGGAUGGAGGGGUUUGCAAACUUCUUCCUUAAGGCAGAAGCCUGUUUCUGUAGCGCUCUCGGUGCGUGGAGCUGCUGGAAGAGAACCCUGAGCAGGACGUCCUUUUGUCUGCCCGAGUUACAAACGUGAUUUAGCGAGUCCCAUGUCCUUUCGUUCACAACUGCUUUUGUGGUCACCCUUUGGCUGGCCUCCCCUGUACAUUACCCCCAGGGCAUGCAAAGCAUAGCAAGAUUGCCCUGAGCCAAGCCCUCAGGACCACUCUGAGUUCUGAAGGGCCCAGUCCAGGCUGGGGGUUGAGAGAGGAGCCACCCUUGGGCGACUUCUUAGCCAAUGCAUGAGUCCUAUCGGAGCCUGCUGAGAUCUGCCCAGCCAACUGCAUUGUCAGGGUGCAGGUCUCAGAGCCUGCCUGUGGCCAUGCCAUGCUGCAGCAUAUGUGGGACUUAAUCCGGGGGCCAUGGUUCCUCCACUGCUUGAUUCAGUCUCAGAACGUAGCUGCUGAGUGGCUACAGUGAGUUCUCUCGGCAGAUCUCCGCUCAGGGCCUGCCUGAGAACAGCCAGAGCCCUGGGGCCAAGUGUGUGAUGAGCACUGCUCUGGGAGUGCCCCUUUCUCUCCUGGCUGUUGCCUGCGGUGCACAGUGGCAUGGCUGGAAGCGUGGCGCGUACAGGCUCUCUAGUGUGUGUCAGGCAGCUGCCCGCUCCAGUGGGAAAACUGCUUGCAGCAACACCAGAUUGAGUCUGUCAGUCAGUGGCAUGAAGCCAGCCUACUGUCCCAGGUGUGUUGCAGACCCUGCCCUGAUGCUGGGAAAGAAACUGCUCCUGUGGGAAGCCAGCUGCCAUUCUGGAAGGGCCACGGAAGUCAUGGCUCUGCUGGCUCCCUUUUGUACACAGCCUCCGAACGGCUUCUCUCAGCAGCCAGCAAGGCCCAGCCCAGACACCGCAGGGGGCAGUGUAGCCCGUUGGCUUCCUUCAUCUGGGCCCUGAGGUGCAGCCUGCAGAGGGGUUGGGUUGGGUUGUUGGGUUUGAUCUGGCUGGAGCUGUGCAUGCUGGGGCCUGUGCUCUCCAGGCUGAGGAUGGGGAGUAGCCAGGGUGCCGGUGUCCCCCUGGCCCUGACAGUGCAGUUGUUAAAAUGCUGGAGCUGCUGUCCGUCAGCACUCCCGCUGGUGCAGGUGCAACAGGGACUGGCCGUGUAGGCACAGCCAGGGGGCACGAGGAGGGAUCUGAGUGUGGUGGGGCUGUAACACCUCGCCCGGGUGGGGGCGGUUCCGGGGCUGUAAUCCAAACACUGCCUGAUUGUUGGUUGUUUUAAUUUUGUUGAGCAUGUGGCCUAGAGUCCUAGCUCCAUCUCCUGCGCUCUCCCUGCCAUUCCCCGCGGCUGCCCUCCUUUGGCAUGGAUUGCAGGGGGCAGCUGGUUCUCACAGAAGGACUUGGUCACAGAGGCAGACUGUGCAGCUCCAGCUGUCAGGCGCUGUGGAUUUCAGUCCUGGGGGUCCCCUCUGAAGCUGUGUGUAAGGGCACAAAGCACCAGUUGUGCUAUGUGGUGGCCAUGGCAGCAGCAGGCGGGAAAGCAGCCUGCCCCUGCUGCAGGCAUAGGAUGAGUACCGUGUGAGGUGUCACCCGCGUCCCAACGCUGUUGUAAUCCUGGGCUGCUGUAUAGCAACCUUUCCUGUCCCUCGUGACUGAUCCCGUUGCUGUAGGUGCCAAGCUGUGCCAGUGGCCACUCUGCUCUGCCAAAGUGUCUUCUCCUGCCAGUGGUAGCCAAGGCUUUCCACUUUGUGUCUGUUGCGGUGCCCUCUCUUGCCAGCUCCUCUUCCCCUGGUGGUUUGUCCAGCUCAGGGUGGGCACAGCAGUGCAUGGGUCGCUCCCCCCAGCAGGAGAGCCUCACGCCAGGGCUCCCGGUGCUGCUUGACCUGCCUCGGGGUUGUCUCAGUUGUUUUAUAGACAGCUAGCCUGUGUGGGGUGGUGUGCUGGUCUGAGUGUUCUUGCUCUGGUUGGAGUUGAUCUGCAUUAUAGGGACCAAUCCGGAAGCUUCACAGGCCCAAAGAGGGGUGGGGUAUUAAACUAUGGGAAACUGUACAUGGCAGUAGGCCUUGAAAAUGCUCUGACCUCCAGUCUCUCACGUUAUCAGGUUAGCAAGGACACAGGCACCAUGGCCGGCGGGCAAAGGUGCCAAGCCCAUCAGCAUAACAAUAAAGCUGCUGGUAGUGGUGAACUGGAGGGCCCAAGGCCUAGUGCCCAUAAGGCCAGUGCCCAUUCUCCCCCUGCCCUCAGUCUUCACCCACAGCUCCCUGCUGUUCUGCUCCUGGUGCCUGCAGUGUGAAUCCUACGCUGAAGUAUAGUGCCCGCUUCUGUGACAGCCCCUGGCACAUGGACGUCAGUUUCUUUCUUUGCCAAACUCAGACUCCCCAGGUCUGCAGAGGAGACAGCCUACUGCUGCCUGCAGCUGUUACAUUUCUUCCUCCUCCCUACCCCGGCUGGGUCAGCAAAAGGGGCUCCGGCUGUCUUGUGCGUCCCGUGGAAGACCCUCCCUGCAGAGCAAACCUGUGGCUUUGAUGGGGAAUUCCCUGGUUUCCCACCAUCUGUUUCUUUCCUCAACACUGUUCUGGCCCUAGGGUGGCUUGUGAAAAACUGUCCGAGUUGUGUGCGCUCUGGCAAGCUGCUACCCGUCUCCCUGCAGCUGGGAAGGUGCCUCCCUCUUUGGGAGCUGGGGGGUUAGUUCAAGUAUGUGACCGGAUGUGUAAUGUAGAGCUGAAACUGGGUCUGGCCGGAUUUCCAUGGGGAAACACGAGGAAUGAAGGAAUGUCGGAAUGUCUGGCCUCCUGGGGCUUCUCUCAGGGCUGAGGCUAGCUCUGCAUCGGGAGGGAGGAGCUAGCUGGACAACAAGAGGGGAAGGGAUGAUUUUAUCUGCUGGCUUGCGCAUAUGCCCCAGACGCACUGCUCUGUAUAUCUGGAACUAGCUUAUUGCGGUGGCAGGCCAGGAGCUGACUGCUCUGUAAAGGCUGUUCAUAUCUGCAUGUAAAUUGUGCAUGCCAUAGUCCUGCUGAUACGUUACAUACUGUAUAAUAAAGAGGCAGCAUGAUCAUGCUGCACUGGCUGUAAGUCA